AAGGAGCGGCUUAAUAUUACCUUGCAGAGGGAUAAUUUGAGAAGAGAGGGCUUGGCUCCGAAAGCGACGCAAACAUAGAGGCGUGGUUCAACCAAAUCAACCCUCGCCUAUUUGUCGCUGCCCCUGAGGGCGUGGUCUGGGUGCUGCUUCUCGGAAUGAGGGCGGGCCGAAUCGCGUUUUUCCUCCGCGUCGGAGGCGUCGCUUAGGGUGGGCCCUCGAAUCGCCGUUCAGCGAUUGGCCGCCUCGCUAAUGGGUCGUGGCCAGACGGGCCGUCCAUCCCCAGUGCGGUCACUUCCUGUGGAGUUUCCCCAUCCCUGGGAGGAGGGAGGAGGGGGAAGAAGACGAGGGGGAGGAGGGCGGUCGUCCGGGGUUAGGUUGAGGGGGGGCGUCGGUCCGUUCUGGGCGGGGGAUGACUCACAGCCCAUCCCAUCUCCCCGACGCCGCCCGCCCGCGCAGUGCUAGCUCCAUGGCUUAGCGGAGGAGGCGGCGGUGGCGAGCUGGGGGGAGGGGGGACUCUUAUUUUGUUAGGGGGACCGGGCCGAGGCCCGACCGGCCUGGCAGGGCUCGCCCGGGGCCGGGCGUCAUGUCUCAUGCGGCCGAACCAGCUCGGGAUGGCGUAGAGGCCAGCGCGGAGGGCCCUCGAGCCGUGUUCGUGCUGUUGGAGGAGCGCAGGCCGGCCGACUCGGCUCAGCUGCUCAGCCUGAACUCUUUGCUUCCGGAAUCCGGGAUUGUUGCUGACAUAGAAUUAGAAAACGUCCUUGAUCCUGACAGCUUCUACGAGCUCAAAAGCCAACCCUUACCCCUUCGCUCAAGCCUCCCAAUAUCACUGCAGGCCACACCAGCCACCCCAGCUACACUCUCUGCAUCGUCUUCUGCAGGGGGCUCCAGGACCCCUGCCAUGUCGUCAUCUUCUUCAUCGAGGGUCUUGCUGCGGCAGCAGCUAAUGCGGGCCCAGGCGCAGGAGCAGGAGAGGCGUGAGCGUCGGGAACAGGCCGCCGCGGCUCCCUUCCCCAGUCCUGCACCUGCCUCUCCUGCCAUCUCUGUGGUUGGCGUCUCUGCUGGGGGCCACACAUUGAGCCGUCCACCCCCUGCUCAGGUGCCCAGGGAGGUGCUCAAGGUGCAGACCCAUCUGGAGAACCCAACGCGCUACCACCUGCAGCAGGCGCGCCGGCAGCAGGUGAAACAGUACCUGUCCACCACACUCGGGCCCAAGCUGGCUUCCCAGGCCCUCACCCCACCGCCGGGGCCCGCAAGUGCCCAGCCACUGCCUGCCCCCGAGGCUGCCCACACUACCGGCCCCACAGGCAGUGCGCCCAACAGCCCCAUGGCGCUGCUCACCAUCGGGUCCAGCUCAGAGAAGGAGAUUGAUGAUGUCAUUGAUGAGAUCAUCAGCCUGGAGUCCAGUUACAAUGAUGAAAUGCUCAGCUAUCUGCCCGGAGGCACCACAGGACUGCAGCUCCCCAGCACGCUGCCUGUGUCAGGGAAUCUGCUUGAUGUGUACAGUAGUCAAGGCGUGGCCACACCAGCCAUCACUGUCAGCAACUCCUGCCCAGCUGAGCUGCCCAACAUCAAACGGGAGAUCUCUGAGACCGAGGCAAAGGCCCUUUUGAAGGAACGGCAGAAGAAAGACAAUCACAACCUAAUUGAGCGUCGCAGGCGAUUCAACAUUAACGACAGGAUCAAGGAACUGGGCACUCUCAUCCCUAAGUCCAGUGACCCGGAGAUGCGCUGGAACAAGGGCACCAUCCUGAAGGCCUCUGUGGAUUAUAUCCGCAAGCUGCAGAAGGAGCAGCAGCGCUCCAAAGACCUGGAGAGCCGGCAGCGAUCCCUGGAGCAGGCCAACCGCAGCCUGCAGCUCCGAAUUCAGGAACUAGAACUGCAGGCCCAGAUCCAUGGCCUGCCAGUACCUCCCACUCCAGGGCUGCUUUCCUUGGCCACGACUUCGGCUUCUGAGAGCCUCAAGCCAGAGCAGCUGGACAUUGAGGAGGAGGGCAGGCCAGGCGCAGCAACGUUCCAUGUAGGGGGGGGACCUGCCCAGAAUGCUCCCCAUCAGCAGCCCCCCGCACCGCCCUCAGAUGCCCUUCUGGACCUGCACUUUCCCAGCGACCACCUGGGGGACCUGGGAGACCCCUUCCACCUGGGGCUGGAGGACAUUCUGAUGGAGGAGGAGGAGGGGGUGGUGGGAGGACUGUCGGGGGGUGCCCUGUCCCCACUGCGGGCUGCCUCCGAUCCCCUGCUCUCUUCAGUGUCCCCUGCUGUCUCCAAGGCCAGCAGCCGCCGCAGCAGCUUCAGCAUGGAGGAGGAGUCCUGAUCAGGCCUCACCCCUCCCCUGGGACUUUCCCACCCAGGAAAGGAGGACCAGUCAGGAUGAGGCCCCGCCUUUUCCCCCACCCUCCCAUGAGACUGCCCUGCCCAGGUAUCCUGGGGGAAGAGGAGAUGUGAUCAGGCCCCACCCCUGUAAUCAGGCAAGGAGGAGGAGUCAGAUGAGGCCCUGCACCUUCCCCAAAGGAACCGCCCAGUGCAGGUAUUUCAGAAGGAGAAGGCUGGAGAAGGACAUGAGAUCAGGGCCUGCCCCCUGGGGAUCACAGCCUCACCCCUGCCCCUGUGGGACUCAUCUUUGCCCAGGUGAGGGAAGGAGACAGGAUGAGGUCUCGCCCCUGUCCCCUAGGGACUGUCCUAGCCAGGUCUCCUGGGAAAGGGAGAUGUCAGGAUGUUGCUCCAUCCUUUGUCUUGGAACCACCAGUCUAGUCCAUCCUGGCACAGAAGAGGAGUCAAGUAAUGGAGGUCCCAGCCCUGGGGGUUUAAGCUCUGCCCCUUCCCCAUGAACCCUGCCCUGCUCUGCCCAGGCAAGGAACAGAAGUGAGGAUGAGACCCAGCCCCUUCCCCUGGGAACUCUCCUGGCCUUCUAGGAAUGGAGGAGCCAGGCCCCACCCCUUCCCUAUAGGAACAGCCCAGCACAGGUAUUUCAGGUGUGAAAGAAUCAGGACCAGGCCACCGCUAGUGCUUGUGGAGAUCACAGCCCCACCCUUGUCCCUCAGCAACAUCCCAUCUAAGCAUUCCACACUGCAGGGAGGAGUGGUACUUAAGCUCCCCUGCCUUAACCUGGGACCAACCUGACCUAACCUAGGAGGGCUCUGAGCCAACCUUGCUCUUGGGGAAGGGGACAGAUUAUGAAAUUUCAUGGAUGAAUUUUCCAGACCUAUAUCUGGAGUGAGAGGCCCCCACCCUUGGGCAGAGUCCUGCCUUCUUCCUUGAGGGGCAGUUUGGGAAGGUGAUGGGUAUUAGUGGGGGACUGAGUUCAGGUUACCAGAACCAGUACCUCAGUAUUCUUUUUCAACAUGUAGGGCAAGAGGAUGAAGGAAGGGGCUAUCCUGGGACCUCCCCAGCCCAGGAAAAACUGGAAGCCUUCCCCCAGCAAGGCAGAAGCUUGGAGGAGGGUUGUAAAAGCAUAUUGUACCCCCUCAUUUGUUUAUCUGAUUUUUUUAUUGCUCCGCAUACUGAGAAUCUAGGCCACCCCAACCUCUGUUCCCCACCCAGUUCUUCAUUUGGAGGAAUCACCCCAUUUCAGAGUUAUCAAGAGACACUCCCCGCUCCAUUCCCACCCCUCAUACCUACACCCAAGGUUGUCAGCUUUGGAUUGCUGGGGCCAGGCCCCAUGGAGGGUAUACUGAGGGGUCUAUAGGUUUGUGAUUAAAAUAAUAAAAGCUAGGCGUGUUUGAUGCGCUUUUAACUUUGGCAAA